AUGGAACGGUUUCAUUUGUUGGUGCCAUUGAUAAUUGCAUUCUUGGUCUUGGGUGCUGCACGCAGUGAUGAUGUUCCAGAUCAAUUAUAUGCGAUAUUAUCUCAUCCAUCAAUGCAAAACAAUGUGGUGAAUACAUCUUCGGCCGACCCAAAUAACCCGCUUAAAUCUGCUUUGACUCUUGAUACCGUUGUACUUUUAUCAACAUCCAAUGAGAUUUUAUUCAAUGUGCAGGUUAUGGCUAUUGCGCAAAUGCGGGUGGUUGCUGUCUGCAGGGAGAAGGUUGUUGUACAAACUAUUGCUGCCCUUAUGGAUCGAGCGGAGUUUGUUAUGCCACCGGGUGCUGUUCUAGUACGGCAACUUGCUGCAGUGACAAUAUACAUUACUGGUACAGUUUGUUGCAAUGACGGAACAAAUAGAUGCGUUACUCCGAGUCAACUGGACAGCAAUAAGAAAUGCUGCUCGACGGACACAUAUCCAGUUAAUGGCAUUUGCUGUUCAAAGGAAUCCUACAGAAGCGAUGGUGUUUGCUGUCCUCCGGACAAACCUAUUGCUAGUGAUAACCAGUGUUGUCCUAGAGAUAUGAACGUUACAAAUGGUGUAUGUUGCCCGAAGAAUAUGAUGGGUAUUGAUAACCAAUGUUGUCCUCAGAAUAACGCUGUUAUUGAUGGAAAAUGCUGUCCCCAGGAUUCAAUCGGCAGCGAUGGUCAUUGUAUAUCCAGGUAA